AUGUCUACAAUUAACAAAUAUGAAUUAUUAAAAACUGAAGGUGCAUGGAACGAUCGUAUGAAAUAUGUUUUAUCAUUAUCAGAUAAAACUGAAAUAGAACAAUAUUUAAGGCAAUCAACAUCAUAUGAAGAUUUACAAAUGUUAAUAUUUUUAUCAAAAUCAACAAAAAAUGAAAAGAAUUUAUUCGACAUAUUUAAAACAGAUUCAUUACCAAUAAUACAACGAAUUAUUGCUGGUAAAGGUUGGCUUAAAAUUCAAAGAGAUGAACAAAAAAUUUAUGAAUUUAUUCUUGAAACAAUGAAUGAUAGAAAUAUUUCUCGAUUUUUUAAACAUAAAAUUUUAGACAAUCUUCAUCGAAUAGAUUGUUUAAAAAAGUCUUCAUCGUUUUUUUACAAUCUUGCUUGUCGUUUAACUGAAUCGUAUCAUCAUGACCAAUAUAAUCUUGAUGCUCAUUUAGUGCCAUUUUGUUCAAAAGAUCAAAUAUUAAAUCUUCUAUCCCGGUGGUCAAUUGAACGCUUAGAACAAAUUGAUUCUUCAUCGUUAUUUCGUUCGCGAUUAAUUCACUAUCAACCUCUUAUUAUUAUUCAUUUGAUUCAAUGUGAUUUAAAUGAAAAAAGAAUAAAUAAUGAAAAAUUCUCAAAUUAUUUUCAUGAAAACAAUAGAUUACUAUCAUUACUUGCAAGAAAACAAGCAAAAGCAAUACUUCGUUUAACAAUUGAAUAUAUGAAUCAAUUAGAAAAACAUAAAAGAUUAUUGCCAUAUUUUAUUGAAUUAAAUCAAAAUUAUCUUUUUAAGAAAGUGCCAGAUGAAAUGAUUGAAUUGAUUACAAUUGUAGCAUCGAAUCAACCAGGCACUAUUAAAUAUCAAACAACUUGGAAUGCUGAAGGAUCCGAUCUAUAUUCAUUUGCCUUUCCACGUUCAUUUUCUGUUGACCAUUAUACUCGUCUAUUUUUUGCUUUAUAUGAUACAUGUAAAUGGUCAGAAAAUCAUACAAUCCGUCUGCUUCAUUGUGUGCUAGAAUGUAGUAAAAGAUAUUCAGGCCUUUAUAGUAGUCGAAAACGACGAAAAUGGUUACUUGAUAUUGUUAUUAAUGAACGUAUUGGAAAAGAAUUAUUUAUAGAUAAAUUAUUAAAAGAAGGAAAUGAAGAAACUCUUCUAUUGUUCGAAGAAUAUACUGAAAUAACAACACCACUUUCUCUUUAUUUAAUUUCUCAAUAUGAAACAAAUAAAACUGUUUCUGCAAGUCAUCGUUUAUCACUCAUUCGUUAUCAAUUCAUGACAAAAGAUAUUUUCGAUCAAUUUUUAACUUUAUUCUACCAGACUAAUUCGAAUGUAAAGCAACGUGAACAAAAUUAUCUUCUUUUCCUCCAAUGUGCGGUGUCAACAAAUGACGAGCAAGUUAAAAAUGUUCUUCAAUGGAUUCAAAAACGAUGCACUAAUGAACGACUUGCAAUUAUUGAAAAUUUUCUAGAUAGCUUAUCAAGAUAUAAUAAUCGAUUUCAUCUUAAAAUUUUACCAAAUAAUUUCGAAAUAAUCGAAGCUAUUAUUGAACUUGCUAUUAAUCAUCUCCAAAAAACUGCAUAUACCCUACAAAUUAUUGUUAACCAUGGAAUAUUAUUACUGCAACGCGUGGAAUAUCAUCUAAAUAAAGAAGAAAAAGAGAAAAUCCAAACAUUUGCUUGUAAAAUCAUUAAAAGAUGUUUUUCAAUGAAUGAUACUCUUAAGCUUCAAAUUUCAUGCUUGUCUAAUGCAUAUCCAAUAGCAUGUAAUCUUAUAGCGGAUAUUAUUAUUUCUGAUGUAUUUCCGAAAUUCCUUUCAAAAUAUAUGUUAAAUGAAUUAGAUGAUUCGUUGAAUUGUUAUUUCGAGAAGUCAUGGCGUUUACCACAAAUCGAAUCAUUUGUUAAUUCAUUUUUUAUUGAUUAUCUUCCUUCAUCCACAAAACUUCAAGCCGCUUUUCGAAUUGAUGAACAUUCCUCAAUUAUUUUAAUAUUUUUAAAAAGUCAUUCGACGCGAUGUGAACGUGUUAAUCAUUUGAUUAAUAAGAUUGAUAAGAUUUUUUUACUAAAUGAUAUUGUUCAACAAAUAGCUCUGCGUUCUCGACAACAUUCUCUAUUAAUAGAUAAAUUAGUUGAAGAUGAUAAAUGUGUUACAUUUGAAAAACUAUCAAAUGAAGCAACUAAACUAGCGACAAAUUUGAAAGCUGAAACAAAGAAUAUCAAAUUACCAGGAUUGAGUAUUCAUGUUUUAAAUUGUUCUUUUCAUUACUUAACCGGAAAACAGCAAGAACAUAUUACAAAAAUUAUUUUACAUGAUUUUCUUCAGGAUAAAGAAGUGGCUAAUCCAAAGAAAUAA